GUUUAUUUUUUGAAUUUAUUAAAAAUUGCGAUUCAGGGUUUUCGUACAUUUUUUGGAGUUGAGCAAACAGAAUUCAUUUGUAUUUUUUCUAUUAUGCUUUUUAAAUUUGUACUUUGCUGUUUAGUUGUGUUCUGUAGCUUGUUAGUUAAACUUUUAACAAGAUAGGAUGUCAAGAAAUAGCUGUAAUUUUUAAAGUGCUUAUUUGAAAACAGGUUUAAAUAGUACAACCAUGGAUUUGGAAAUCAACCAAGAUGCGAAAGCAGAUGUAGAGCCAAAACCUGUUGAGCAAAAACCCAAGCCAAAAUCCAAGAAGAAACAACGAAAGGUACCAUCGGAUCCCACCAAGCGAAGGGCAUUCCUCUAUGAUUCACGCCACGAUAACCUAGGCCAUUAUGGAGUCAUCGUUGAGUGGGACGAAAAGAACCUGACUCACAACCAAAUUCACAGCAAGUUCGAGCGAGUUUUGUCCGCUCUCCGAACUCCGCCAGACACUACAAAGGAAGUAAAGCGAUCCAAGCAGUCCAUCAAGCGGAAAUCAAUGCCCUACUUCCGGCGAACCGGUCGCACCAAAGGCAUCGUUACGUUCAACUCCGGCUCAAACGCAAACGCCUUCAGCGCAGAAAUCCACCCAGACUUUCGAACCUUCAUUCCAAUGUCCUUCGUCGUAACGAUCGGUGUUGUCCACUUCAACGCUCCAAAAGUCAACAUCAAAGAAGCGUUCGCAUCCUGCGCGGACAACAAUCUCGAAAUCAUGCAGUGGCGCAUAAAACGGCUCGAGUCCAACAAACUGCGGGUCACGUUCGCCGUCUGCGGGACGGAACUGCCGGGGUCGCUCCUGUUCCACGACAAAUCCCAUCCGGUGGAGCGGUACGCCCGGCAACCGGUGCGUUGCAAUCGGUGCCAGCGGUAUGGUCACCGAACUGGGAGUUGCUUCCGGCAGGCACGCUGCGGGACUUGCGCCCAGGAGAGGCCAGCGGUCUCUUCGGCGUGGCACACCGAGAAGGCUUGUCGGAUUGUGAGAGCUGACCGGGGUAAGGUGCGGUGCACGUACUGUAACGAGCGUCACGCCACCGGAAGUGCGGACUGUGGGGAAGAGAAUUAUCAGCGGACGUACAAGGGACAGCUGGCGAAGCACAAUAUGGACUUUGUGAAGACGCUGGAGCGGGAGAUCAUUCCGAUGGUGCGCUCGACGUCGAUUAAUUCGAAUCGGAUCUGGUGUGACUGAAAUGGCACGCUGUAAAAAUGUGUUACUAAGUCUCAAGAAGAUUGUUAAAAAGUUAUGGAAAAGAAAACAUGUUAGGUUCAUCCAAAGAAGAAUACAUUUUUAAUAAAUAUAAUUUUUCGUAUUUUGUUUUUUUUAAGCUCACAAUGAAGUAAGACAGAGAUUCCAUUUUUUAAUUUUUUUUUUUUCUUUAAAAAUCAUUGGAAAUAAGAACUCUUCAAAUUUUAUAAAAUUUUAGCGUUGGAAGUUUGACUUGUUUUUUGUGACUUUGCCAAUGUUUUUAAAAAUGUCAUUUUUUUAGGGUCAACUUUAGCUAUGUUUUUUUACUAACAUUUCCUAAAUUUUAAGUAUAGAGGAGUAUGCACUAUUUUUUGUGUCGCGUAUUUUUUACAAUUUAAAUGAAAAUGGAGCCAUUCUAUAGCAGCAACUGUGAAAAUCAAGCAAAAAAAAAAUAAAAAGGGGAUGUAAAAACAUGAUAAAAAUUAGAAAGGCAAAAUGUAAUGAAAAAAAAGAAAAA